AUGACAUAUUCAUUUGGUUAUCCGGUUAAUUUGCAACAAGGCCAAGUGGUACAGUACUGUGCAGCAAAAACAAGUCGUUCAACAUAUACCACGAAUAAUUAUCAGGGACAACAGUUAUCAUGUGAUAUGACACAAGGUUCUUCCGGGGGGCCAUGGUUACAAUCAUUUGUUGUUGGUACUGGUGUCGGGUAUGUGACAUCUGUUAAUAGUUUUUUGGUCAUUGGUUAUCCAAAUUAUAUACAUGGACCAUAUUUUGAUUCGAAUAUAAAAUAUUUAUGGGAACAAAUUACAGACAAAUGA